ACUUGCUCCGAGAGUGAUGGAUACACAGUUAAACUCGCCCACCGCAGUAACUCGGUAACUCUUCCUCUCAGGCUCUCAGCUUAAACAAACAACCCAAUCCCUCCAUUUUAUUUCACCUGAAUCCCACCUCACUCUCCACACAAUGCGCUGCGACGCUGCUUCCUCCUGGCUCUGCGGCCGCCACCUGUCCGUCCCCACCGCCGGAACAUCGUUCCUCUUCCUCUGCAGGUCCACCGUCUCAUGCUGCACCAACGCUCCCAACCCACUGAAGCGCCGGUACUCCGGCAACCAUGCUCCGGACGUCGUCCGCCGUUGGAUCCAGUCCGAUCAUCCGCUAGCUUCUCAAGAUAGGUUCACGGCCGCUUCGUACAACAUAUUGGGGGUUAGAAAUGCUUAUGCUCAUAGAGACAUGUACGGGAAUGUGCCUUCUAUGUAUCUGAAGUGGGACCACCGGAAAAGGGCCAUCUGCGAUGAAAUUGCGGCCUGGAAUUCUGAUAUUGUUUGCUUGCAAGAGGUGGAUAAGUAUUUAGAGCUUUCGGGCAAUUUGGCGAAACUGGGAUAUGCUGGCUCUUAUAAGAGACGCACAGGUAAUACUGUAGAUGGUUGCGCUACUUACUGGAAAUCUCAUAAUUUUCGGAUGUUAGAAGAGGAGAGCAUUGAAUUCAAGGGAUACGGACUUCGUGACAAUGUCGCCCAACUCUCAGUUUUUGAGAUGCAUAAAGAAAAAUCAAGAAAGUUAGUCAUUGGUAACAUCCAUGUGCUUUACAACCCUAAACGAGGAGAAGUUAAAUUGGGCCAGAUCCGUUUUCUUAUAUCAAAGGCGCAGAUUCUCUCGGAGAGAUGGGGCAAUGCCCCUGUUGUCCUCUGUGGUGAUUUCAAUAGCACUCCUGAGAGUGCAAUAUACAAGUUCUUGUCAACAUCUGAGCUAAAUAUAAUGUCAUAUGACAGAACAGAGUUAUCUGGGCAGAGGAGCUGUCAUCCUGCUCAAGUUUUAGGUGUCAAACAACGAAAUAGCAGUCCAUUGAGCUUGAUAGAUGGGUUGUUGAAACAUGACUGGACAGAUGAAGAGAUUAGAGUUGCAACUGGAAAUUCUGGUAGUCAUUCAGUUGUGCAUCCUUUGCAGCUUAACAGUUCUUAUGCCAUGGUGCAGGGUUCUACAGCAACACGGGGAUCCAGUGGUGAGCCUAUAGCUACUUCCUACCACUCAAAGUUUCUUGGAACCGUUGAUUACUUAUGGUACUCGGAUGGUCUUGUGCCCACUGGAGUUAUGGAUACAGUUCCACUUGACACUCUCCAGAGGAUUGGUAGCCUUCCUUGCAAGAAAGUGGGCAGCGACCACCUGGCUUUAGUUUCCGAGUUUGCCUUCACACCAGGCACACAGGAAGGCAACAACACAACUGCAUCAGCAAUCUGAAGAUUCUUACCAGCAUUGUCCAAACAUUUACGGAGGGCAAAAUUUUGCUGGCACACCAUGCAAGUUUCUCCGGCGUAAAAUCCUUGUGAAGCAGAUCCCACGGCCACGCCAAAUACACAACCCAUUUUCAGAUUCUGAACAGCUUGCGUAGUCUGGAAUUUUACCUCAAAUUCAUUAAAAAGAGAUUCAUAGAUUGAUCAGCAAGUUGAAAAAAUAAUACCAAGUGUGGCAGCGAGCA